AUGGCGGCGCCGAAGAAGAGCGAGGCCAUCCGCCUGGCCGAGAGCUGCAAGUGGGCCGAGCUGCGCGCGCUCGUCGAGCGCGAUCCCGCGGCCGCCCAGGACCGCGACCGCUAUGGCAUGAUCCCGCUGCAUUGGGCUUGCACCGACAGCCAUACGCCCCAGGAGCUGCUCAUGCUGCUCCUCAAGGCGUACCCGCAGGGCGCGCGCGUCUUCAACUCGGGCAAGAUGCUGCCAUUGCACAUUGCGAUCAAGGCGCAGGCCAACGUCGAAUGGCUCCAGGCGCUGCUCGCCAAUUACCCCGAGGCCGUCCUCGUCAAGACGCCCGUCAACGAAGACGUCUUGUCGCUCGCAAAGAAGUCGCGCCUGCCGCCUCGCACGCUCCACCUCCUUGAAGAGAUGCGCGACCACGUACAGAAGAUGCACGGGUCGCGCGAGAGCUUCCCGGAGCGCCUCGGGUCCCAGUCCAGCGAGCCUGGCGAUGACAACGUGCUCGACGACGACCAUGCGAUGCCACGCAAGUACAGCAAUGGGCUGCAACGCCCGGCGUCGCACUCGGCGCCGGCCUUCCGCAACACGCCGUCGUCCAGCUACGGCUCGCAGCGCAGCUACAACGACUCGCUCUCGGAGAAUCACAUGCCGUUGAACAUGCAGAUCCCAAUGGAAGUCGAGGAACAACCGUAUCUGCUCGACCCGCAAGCCCGCCGGUACUCGAACCGCCUCGUCGUCUCGCUUCCGCCUCGGUGGCAGAACGCACCCAACUGCCACAUUUGCUCGUGCAAGUUUGGCACGUUCAAGAAGCGCCACCACUGCCGCAACUGCGGGCAGUCGAUCUGCACCGACCACUCGGCCAAGCAAAAGCUCAAGCUGCCCCACUUUGGCUUGACGUCGCGCCAGCGUGUCUGCGUCCUCUGCCACGACGCGCUCACGCGGGUCGAAGCACCGAUUCUCGACACGCACGUAAUCGCACACGGCGCGCCCUUGUACUCGCAGCGCGCGCAUUUGCCUGGCACGAUGCAGCGCACGCAGUCGACAGGCAGCAUGUCGGGCAGCUCGUCGCGCGGGUUCGUGCCACCGCCGCCGCCGCCGCCGCACCGGACGUACAGUGCGUCGUCGUCGCGCUCGGACGACAUGUCGCCGCACAUGUACCCGCCAAGCAAUUACUCGGACAAGGACACGAUGCUCGAGGACAUGAACAUGCAAGUCAUGCUGCUCCAGCAGCAAGUGUCCAAGCUCAUGGAAGAAAAGCAGCAGGCCGAGGCGCUCUUGCUGCGACACACGAGCCUCUCCGAGUCGGCGAGUGCGCGGAAUACGGAAGACAGCAGCUUCUCGCGCGCGCAGGACCUCGGGCUCUCGAUCACACGCGACCCGUCCAUGCUCGGGCUCACGCCGCAGCCCGUGACGACGCCGCCGCCCGUCUCGCCCGUCGCAGCGCAUGUGGAGCCCCCGCUCUCGACCACCUAUUCCGACACGUCCGAGACGUACACGUAUGACAUUCGCGAGACGUCGCUGACGGACCAUGACACGCGAGACACGUAUUUUGAAUUCCGCGAUACCGCAUACAGCUUGGACGAUCGGGAAACCUUUGUCGCCAAGUACCUCAAGCCGACGACGCCCGUGGCCAACCUCGCCAACAUCUCCGAGAGCCCCGAGUCGUCGGCCGUCAAGUUUGACGACAACGAAGAAGAGGCAGCAGCAGCAGACGAAGCAGACGACGAGGACACCAUGUCGGUGCACGACCUCGUCGACGACGACAUUCCGCGCGACAUUCAGGAAGUCGACACGCUUGUGACGCUAGGAAUUGCCAUGCUACAGAAAGGGUCGGCAAGCGGCGCAGUCGCGGCGUUUGAACGGGCGGUGGAGCUGCUGCCGCGCGACCCGCUCCUCUACUCGUACCUCGGCAAAGCGUAUUAUGCGGACGAGGACCUCGACCGCGCCGUGCUGGCGCUCGAACGGUCGCUGGACCUGGUCCCGUCCGCCGCCAACUCGACGCUGCUCGGCAAGAUCCUCUUUGAGAAGGGCGACCACGACAAGGCCAUUCUCGCCUACCAGAGGUCGCUGGAGAUCCAGCGGGGCAACUAG